AUGGCUCAUUCUUCAACUUCAGAAGAGGGAAAUGGCCCGGAUCAUGUUAUUGUCAAGGCUGAUGAGGUCGAUCAGACGGGCACCGACAUCUCACCUGUUCCUGACGAGCAACUCAUGGCAGAGGUCGUAGACGGACUUGCCAGAGACCAACCUGCAAGUAACCGGGAUGCUGCAUCAAACGUGCCAGGAGGGCAAAAUCUAGGAGCUUCUGGACGGUCGGAGGUGCGCCGCGAAGCAGUUGCUCCGCCGCCGCCUCUACAGCCUCCCCCUCCGGCUCCGAGUCAGCAGAAUGCUGAGCUCGCAACCGAUUCGCUCAACCUUGCUCAACUGAAGAGGAUCGUACAGGACAUCCCCAAGCUUGAGCAGCGAGCGUAUGCCUUUGAAUAUGCUGAUUGCCAACCUUUUCCGGAAGAGCUGGACGAAUGGUUUCAGUAUAGUGAGCCGGAGCGAAUGAUGCUCCUAGGAUCCAAAGUCUCUUUUGAGCAUCAUUGGAAGGAGUUUUGUGGACAGAAGUCUUCUGCCUCGGGUCAAGUGUCGUGGCUCGAUGCCAGCUCUGAUUUGCGCAAGGCUUUCAUGGAGCGGACGCUGGAUGAACUGCAUAAUCCUGAUCUGUUCUUACGGAUUGAAGCUCUAGAAGCAGUGUGCUACACGAUGGCUGGUGUGUGGGGAGUGACUGCAGGCAGAUCUGUAGAUGAUUAUCCCGAUGUGCCUACUGCCAAAGAAGCAGCUGAAACUCCGAGGUCGAAGUCGCUGCAGAUUAAAUGGAUUGAGAACAACGUCCUCCUCGUGCAUGAAUGCUCUGGAAUUCCGACGUUAUUUGAGUAUAUGAGGAAGGUUUUCGACAAAGACCGCAAUCUCACUGAACUGGACUCUAUUGAGGUCGAUAACGAAAACGACCAUGCCGCGCAGAUUAUGGCCCGUGAGAGAGAAGCCAAUCUCAUCCUCACGUGUCUGUAUUUUGUCGUUGAAGUUGCUCGAAGACUGGAGUCCUUUGACAAGCCACAGGUGGCCUUGCGAGACGCGGUUGCUUCCCUUAAGCCAAGCCUGCUGGUCACGCUUGUCGAGAUUAUUGCACGGUUACGGUGGGAUGAUUCCGCCAGCGUUCCUUUUACAAGGAUUAUCCUCCUGUUUUGGAAGUCCAUAUUACUUGUUUUUGGAGGAAGCGAUAGUCUGGCGACUGCGAAAGCAGAGUUAGAGCCUCCGCUUGAAAUCCCGGGGGGCGACGCUUCUCGACGGACACCUUUCCUGACAGCAUCGCCUCUUGACUAUCACAUCUUCCGGCAGGAGCUUAUCUCCAAAUACCCCGCGUACAAUCCGCCACCGCCGGUCGUCCCUCUAGAACUGGAGAAUAAUUCCAUCCUUCCUCCUUUACCAAACCAUCCUAGUCGCUCGACUUCGGUGAAUGGCCUCUUUUCUGGCGUUGGCCCAUCUGCCGUUAGCGGUAGCGGGUCCAUUCUUCACCAAUCUGUUCAUAUCGCUACUCCGGCACCUUCUCCACCUCCGUCUCCUAUUGGGCCGGGUGGGAAGGCUGGAAAGAAGCAAAACUACCAGACGAACCAGAAUUUUCCCUUCAUGUACCCUCCUUUGGAUGAUUCAAGCAAUAAGAUCGGAGGAAAGGGUUCAAGUGAACUGCAGGAUACCCUAGUAGGAAAGAAAUGGGAGGGAAGUGACGUCCCGGCCUCGAUCAUCGAAGCCGGGGAGCUGUUCUCUAGCCACGUUAAGAUGACGAGAGCGACACGGCAACUAUGGGAAGAACGGGAACGUUUCAUGAAAUAUGAACGUGGUUGGAACACGGACGAGACACCCAGCCGACCUGAUGCCGGUGACGGAGUUGAACCAAGCACGGACUCAUCUCCGGAGAAGAGUCAGGGAAAGGGCGAAGAGAAGCGAGUGAAGGAGACAGACAAUGAGGAUAUUCAACGGCGGUUGGAUGCCGUUGAGGCAUUUUAUCGACAAGCAAUGCCCCAUCUGCAAUCUCUUGUCAUUGUUCUUCUGAAAGUCAUCUUGACCAAUGUCAGUGCGAUGGUAAACCAGGCUAAUGGUCAGAAUGGUCACGGCCAAAGCGCUAUGAAUGGUUAUGCUUCAGGACCGAAUGGAGCACCUGCGAACCAUGACUCUGAUGUGGAUAUUGAAGAGCUUGAUAUUACCAGGUUACGAGAAAUCACUGGAAAGGCCGUGUCCGGAUCCCUUUUGCUGCUGCUAAAGUGGUUUAAGAGAUCACACAUCUUGAAGUUUGAGUACAUGACUCAGCUAUUGCUUGACUCGAACUAUUUGCCAUUGAUCUUGAAAAUGUUUGCUCAUCAGGAUGUGGACCAAGCAGUCGCACAGAAACAUGACCGUGAGGAUCUCAGCUUCUUCCACUUCUGCCAUGUCAACUCUGAGCAACCCCCUGAGCCACCUUCUCCAGGUGAAUCAUCGCAUAGUGAAGAUGAAGCGGUUCCCCCACCCAUCCUCCGUCAUAAUCGGCCCCAGGGAUUUGUCACGGGGAGCUCUUCGGUGCGAGGUCCAUCACCUGAGAAGUUUGCAGAGUCUGUCGCCGAAUUUUCAGACGGACCGAUACGCCCUGAAGUUGAUGAAUUAGGAUACCCGACCGGUCCUCUCCCUAAAGAGCCGAUUACCACAUACUCUUUCCGCAACUUCUUUUCUGCUAUAAACUACCUCCAUAUUAUGCAGAAGAUCACCAAAAACAAGGCCCAUCGGUGCCUCUUGCUGGUUCAGUAUAAAUCCAGCACGAUUCUCCGUAAGGGGCUCAAAAUCCCGGAUCCUCACCUGCGCCUCUACACCCUCAAACUUUUCAAAUCUCAAGUUCCAUACUGCGGCCGCAAAUGGCGACAAAGCAACAUGCGUGUCAUCACAGCAAUCUAUCUGUACUGCCGUCCGGAAUUGCGUGAUGAUUGGCUGGCGGGCUCCGACGUGGAUGCUGAGGUCGAGGAGGCGUUGCCCCUUGAGCAAGCCCUGCGUGGUCUCACGCAUUGGUGGCACCUGCGUCAAUACAAGGACGUCAUGAACAUCGAGGAUGGCGCAUCUCUCGUUGAGGAAGAAAGGGAUUUCUUCACACGCGAGCUGGAGGCCAUGGGCUGGGGUCUCUAUGGAGACGACUUGCCCAACGAGGUUGGUGAUGACCAGCUGGGAGGUCCUGGGGGGCCUCCAAAUGGUACUGAGUGGGAUGGUGGACCAUUACAAAUGGAAGGGUGGUAG